AUUAUAGUGCAAGUAAAUUUGCAAUAAUUGGCUUUCUGGAGUCAUUAGCUUUUGAGUUGCAGGCUGCAGGAAAGAAAGGCAUUAAAACCACCAUCGUUUGUCCUUCUUUCGUAAAUACAGAAUUAUCUACGGGUAUUCGUGUCUCGAGGCCACUUUUACUUCCUAUUUUGGAUGUAGAGUAUGCAGGCAGGAAGAUUGUGGAUGCAAUUCGAGAGGAGAAGUUUUAUGUGUUCAUGCCUCUGACCAAUUGCAUUUCUGCUUUGAAAAACUUUGUACCUAAGAAAGUGCUAUUCCUUGCUGUAGAGUAUGCUGGUAUUUUCAACAAUCUGGAUGGUGUCCGAGACCAGAAGAGAAGGGACCAAAACCACACUGCUCCGAAGAUGUCCGAUACCAGCUAAUCCAAAUUCAUGUGUAACAUUUAAUGGACAUAAUGGGUUAUUUCUUCAGGUUUAUUUCUUCCUUAGAUCAAUUCUCUUCUAUAUGAUACUUUAGGUGUUUAAAGAUGUCAUAGUUGUUCUGAUAGCUGUCUGUUAAUCAGUAUUUUUCAUCCUCAACUGUUCUCUCUCGUUUCCAUCAAUACAGGCAUAUUCUCCACUCAACAUAUGUACGUAACUCAUUAAAGCAAAUACAAGUUAAUUUAAUGAUCUCUCUCAGUUCCAUAGGUAAUGGGUAUCAGGUCACAAAUUAACAUAGCUAAUAUGAGUCAACAGUGUGACCACAAGCUAAAUAUGAGUCAACAGUGUGAUGCUGUUGCAAAAAAAGCAAACAUGAUUCUGGGAUGCAUUAACAGGUGUGU